GUAGUCAUAUUUAUAGGAGGGAUAACGUCGAACAGCCCCCGUUUUAUUUUGGAAUGUAUCUCAUUGUUGUGCUUAAGAUUCGUUUGAUUUCUAAAUAUUUGUAAACCUUGAAAUAGAUCGUAUUUUUUGCUUUGAGUUUAGGCAUUGUUUUUUGUGUUGAAUUAUCAUAAUUUGUUUACUGUUGGUGUAAAAGCAACAUCGUCGAGCAUCGAGGUUUUAAUUAAUGUAGUUGUGUGUGGGUAGACUUAUUAAUGAGUCUUUACGAAAGUUUAUUUGCGAAAACAUAAUGCCGCUAUAAAUGACGAUAUUUUUAGUUUUCCUUAGGAACCAUUAGGAAAAUCUCAACGGUUUGAAAGUUUCGCACGUGACUGAGACAUAUAUACAGCUGACUGCGAUUAAACACGGGUUCUUCGAGAGGGAUGAACACAUUUUCCAUUGUUUACGCUUGUGAUAUGGGAAUUUCCGUAGCAAGGCAUAAUUGUACUAGAAAUUGAUGUAGCCGAAGUUGAAUUUCGUUGUUUUCUAAACUAUUUAAAGUAUUUUUUCAAAGCAUAACAAUGUGAUACUUAAGUUUACUGCUUGGAACCUUCACUGUUAAGUAAUAAUACGUUUGUUGAAUAUAUCAUGAACGCUCGCCUUUGUGCCGUUACAAGGUUUAAAAAAUCGAAAUUUCUCUCAAGGAUAGUUAGUGAACCCUUCCUUAGUUGUAGGUUACGAAGCAGUCUAAGUGUUUUAAAACUGGUAAAAAAAAAUUGUAGGGAAUCGCAUUUGAACCGAUGAUAAUUCUUGAGAUUUUUGGAAAAUCGUUCAACCAAGAAUUGUUGUUAUUCCAGAUUACUUCGUAUCACCAUUCUCCGUAAAAGUCUAUCUUUAUUCCAUAUAUUACAAGGUAUUUGAUCAAUGCUUUUCAAGGUUUCUUGUCGAAUUUUCGUCCAAAAUAUAAGGUGCCGUUGUACAUAGUAGAUCUGCGGUUUUCUAAUUCUUUUUUAUGUAGCACAAUGUGUCCACUUUAAUGUGAACAAGGACCUUUGAAGCAUAUAAAGUGCGCAGUUUGGCCUUCAGUUUGGGAAUCAAAGCUGUCGUGAUCUCCGGUGAUGCUUCUCCGAUAAUCACUUUUCCACCCUCCCUUACUUUGGCUAGGAUUAAAUUUACUAUAAAAGGUGACAUAUUUUUCUUGAGGCGUCGAGGAGGAUGAUUGAGCCGCUGCCUUGUCCUAGACGAUAUUGAAGAACGCUGUAAGGCUUUGUUUGAUUUGGUUGAUGUAUAUUUAUGAUUUUGUUUUGAUUAGUGGUAUCGUACUGGAGUUCCAGUUUUAUUGGAGGUUGGCAAAUGAGACUUUUGUCCUUUGUUAAAGUACUUUACCUACAAAUAUGUAAGAGCUUUGUUAUGGUAGACGUCAGCAAUGCGAAAGGUUAUGUUGCUUUACAAUAGCCGAUCUUCGCGGUGAUAGUAUUCAACAACCGCAUCUUUGCAGAAAAUCGAUAAGUUUACCAGGUUGGCUACUAAUCUCGUCAUUACAUAAUCACAAAGAGAUUGCGAAUGUUCUGACGUAUUUUUCGGCGUUAUCCAUAAUCUUUUGCCAAUGAUCAUUUUCGAGAAGUUGUCCUUUAAGUAAGCAAACUUUUUUUUUCGUAAGCCGGCUUUAUUCAUUUUUUUUGGAAGCCAAGCAACGUGGAUCCGCAGACAUUAUGAAGUAAUAAUCUUAAAUAAUAAAAUCUUCUCUAACAUGGAUUUACUGUUUAAAAACGCAAAGGCCUUUUUUUGGUAGCAAGUAAGAAAUUUGCAUCCUCUAGGCUUUUGUUCAACUGAUGCCCCAGAUUGUUAGAAACAGCCAUGAAUACUGUUAACUUUGUUAUCAUUUUCUUAUUUCCAACUAACCGUAUAAGUGCUUUCUUGAGAAAACACUUGUUGUUUUCCGGUAAAUAUAGAUGUAGUCGUUUGAUGGAGGAAUAUCGGUCAUAGGUCCAGAAACCUAACAUUUGGACAACUGCUUGACAUAGACGUCUCUACCGUUUCGGUGUUGCUUGAUUUCGCCGACAAGACAAAUUUAUUAUUUGUUAAGUUUAUAUUUUGUAAUAUACUUAGCUGAUUUGAUUAAUGAGCAUAUCUCAACGUUGAAAUAACAAUUGAAAGUCUUGAAAAGCUCAGUAUUGUAUGGUUCUGUUCAAUGUCAUACAAGCUCAUAGUUUUAAUGCUACUUGCUUUUUUUAUAACUUGCGAAACCUCCAGAAAUUUCGGGAAAGCCUCCCCAAGAUGUAGAGUAAAACCCUUUCUUUGUUUAGUGUGCGUCUGGUGUAUGGUUUUGAGUAUAUUUUCGGGUACUUACCAUAUUUUAUAUACUGUAAAUUGGCAGUAUAACUCAGGCCAUGAAUUAUAUGUUUGAGGAUAAAUCUAUCAUGUUACGAAUCUGCGUUUGGACCCCGGAGUUCAGCCUGCGUAAAUAUAUCGUAGUUUUCUCAACUGGUUUCAAUGGUUAAAUCUGGCUCAUUUUCUGGCUGCUUGUCUUCACCAUGGUGGCUUACUAUUUUUGGAUAGUAUGCAUUGCAUAUUAAUAUCAGAACGGAUAAAGUAGUUUUAGACGUGCAAAGGUUCACGCACCUAUUCAGAGUUCUGCUAUGUAUCUCUGUCCGCCUAUAAGUGGAAGUAUCUCCUGUUGUUUAAGGCAUUAGUUUUUUUUGCAUUAGACCUUUGAUUAAGUUAAAUGUAGAACAGAUUUUCCGAUUCGAUCUUUAGGUAUUCGAUCAAACAGGUACUGUUAAAACUGACGCCCAUGUUUGACAUAUAUGUUAAUCCGAUAUGCAUAAUAUCGCAGUGCGGUUGAUUUUUUACUGAGAUGUGCCAAUUGAGUUGAUGGUCCCAAUCUUUUUCAAUAAGGAAAUUAUUGCACAAUGAAGGUAGUCAUAGGACCGUUAUGAUUCGGAAAUUAUCUACAGUUCUGCCUAUUUUGGUUGUCCUCUUCGCUCGGACCGUCUCGGUAUCGUAGGAAGAUGCAUCCUGGUAUUAUACUUGAUUAUGUCACAUUUUAAACAACUAUUUAUGCUUCCUCCGCUGAUUGAACGCUGCACGUGCUUUCAUGCUCUAUUAAUGGACAUAGAUUAGCAUAAAUGAUGAUAUGUGCCUUUUUUUAGUCUUUAAUAAUUUUUUAGCUGUAAUUAGGUGUCGAGCGUAAGAUUUUUCUUUUGAAGUAUGCCCUCAAAAUCACAAGCGGCUGGAUGAAAUUCUGAACAAUUUGAAACUCGUGAGCGACAUUUAACGUAGUUUUUUAGUAAAAAACUAUAAUAAUAAUAAUGGAUUGCUCCCAGGUGUCCCAUUUUAUUAUAAGCAGCACCCUGCAUAAUUAAUUAUAAUUGUAGGUCCUUUAAAGAAAGCGACACUUUUCUGUGAUAGUAAAGAAUAAUCUUAAAUAAACGACUGAAUUGUUUGAUUUUCCAAAAGCUUUUGCCCUGUUGUAUCGCUCAUACAGCUUAUUUUGUUCUGCAGUUGCAUAUUUCUUAAUUUAGCUUGUCCUGGCAUACGACAAAAAUCUGCGAUUUCAUCUUUGAGCUCUCCUUGCCCUCUCGACUACUGUUUUUGAUCAAGAUUGUUUCAGCACGGUACGCUAGUAGUUAGCAGACUAUAAUUUUAAUAAACCCAAAACCUGAUAUCUUAUUUGCAAGUAUAGCUUAAAUGCACUUUAUCAUUCCAGAUCGCUGGUGCGUGAUUGUUUACAAACAUGGAAAAUAAGAACGUUAUUGGCUUUGGUUUAUUACCAAUCAAAUUAACAUUAAGCUGCAUGAGAGAAAUAUUUGGCCAACCGGUUCCGUUCUCCGCUUAAAUGUUCUAGCAAUCAACAAAAAAUCAACGAUAAGAGAUCGCUCUGAUUCAAACAAACUUGCUACUCCAGCUUUAGUGAGACAAGUGUAUACAGUAUAUAGUAGAAGUAGAUAGAAUUUUUUGUUAUAGAGUGUUACACAGAGCGUCAUCUUAUAAAAACAUACAUUCGCUGUGUAUAUGAGUGUCUCACAUUAUAUAAUUGUUUUAUAUUGCAUACAUUAUUGAAAGUAAUUACAGGAUGUCGGCCCAUGUAUUGGAGAACUUACGCCAACGGCAUCUGGAGGCACUAGUAUUUCUACGAAAUAUAUCGCUUGAUGGGUCGCACCGAGAUACCAUGUUAGGGCAUUUCUUACCUCAAGUGGAGUCUAGCAAACCACUUCAUCUUCCGCAAGAUGAUAGGGUCAGCGAAAUAGCUCUACACGAUGAUGACCAUAACAUUUUUAUCAGGACCGACAAAGAACGACAUCGGAUAUCUGCUACCAGUGAAGAAAAGCUUUUUCAUCGAAGUCCUACGGAAAAACGGAACCGUAUGCAAAGCUUCGUAGAACCCAGAAUUCGCCUUAGUUCGCUCUCUGGUUUGCGCAGCAAAAAGGCAGUCAACACUGUCAAUUCGAAUUCUAAUACCAAUGCUAGAAACGGAUCGUGCGAAAGUUUGACUACUGCAAGGCAACGACACUAUUCAGGUAGCUUUUCAGACUGCUCAAAUAAUUCCAGUUCAUUAGAGCUUCGCUCUGCACGCCCACAUCAUCGCGAAGGCCGUAUCUACGUAAUGUCGUCAAAAAAGGCACCAGUUGUUGUUUUUUCUGCUCUUCCAUAUAUAAAACGGGGACAAAGUCGAUUAGAGUCUACAAGGAAAAAUGCCAAUAGACAGCUGUCCACCAUUUCGGAUAACGGUGACUCUGGUGAUAUCCUCUCAAUGCUAGGUCUACGCGGCCUGGGUGGAGAUCAGGAACUCUCUUUUGCUAGUCUUCUUCAAAAACACUGUUGCCCAGUCAGUCUAGAAGACAAAGAAACUAUACAGGCCCGGGCUAUAGAAUCGACGGAUCCGCUAUGCAUUGAAUCUGCAUUAUCGUGUGGGCCAGUACUCUGCACCUGCGACUGUGCCUACGACCCACAUUUUCUUGAUUCACCAGAGUUGGUUGUUGGGAGACACUCAACACAGCUUACAUUUCCGUGCUAUAUCGCAUCUAUAAUCUAUUACGUGAAGGCGUCUGAUCUCAAAAAGGAACUUAACGAUAAAUUUCGAGAGAAGUUUCCUAAGAUACGACUGACUCUGAGCAAAUUACGAUCACUGAAAAGAGAAAUGUUCAAGAUCGCUAAUUUUGAAUGUGGCAUUGACUUGGUUACUGUAGCACACUCAUAUGUGUUUUACGAAAAACUUGUUCUCAAAUGCUUAAUAAAUAAGUCAAACAGAAAGCUCUGCGCUGGUGCAUGCCUUAUGCUUGCUGCCAAACUCAACGAUGUUAAGGGUCAAGAUUUGCAGACAUUAAUAGAGCGCAUAGAAUCCGGAUUCCGGUUAAAUCGGUGCGACCUUGUAGACGCCGAGUUCGGAGUAUUGGUAGCUCUAGAAUUCUCAUUGCACACCCCAAUCUCACAUGUAUACCCACACUAUGAGCGUUUAAUCUACGAAUCCUGAUGGCAGCCCAGUCCCAGGCCCAG